CUGAGAUCAGAGGCAAUGGCGAGCCAAGAGUCGAACAACCCCGAGCCAUGGAACAACCUAGAGGGUAAGGUGGUUUUGGUCACUGGAGCGUCCUCAGGUCUCGGCCGAAAAUUCUGUCUCAACCUCGCUCGAGCCGGCUGCAAGAUCGUCGCGGCGGCUCGCCGGACAGAUCGACUCAAGUCUCUCUGCGACGAGAUUAACCAUCCCGCAUUUUCUGGCUCUCCUUCAAACCCUAACACCACUGUCCGAGCCGUGGCCGUGGAACUCGACGUCACCGCCGAUGACCCUACCAUCGACGCGUCCGUGCAGAAAGCUUGGGACGGGUUUGGACGCAUUGAUGUAUUGAUAAAUAAUGCCGGCUUUAGAGGUACUGUGAAAAAUUCAUUGGAGUUGGACGAGGAAGAGUGGGGUAAAGGUAUGAAGACGAAUUUAAAUGGAACAUGGCUGGUGUCGAAACAUGUAUGUAGACGGAUGCGUGACGGGCAUCAAGGAGGCUCCAUCAUCAAUAUUUCUUCUAUUGUUGGCAUUAAUCGUAGCCAACAUGUUGGAGAUGUCGGAUAUGCUGCUUCAAAGACCGGAAUCAACGCUAUGACCAAGGUCAUGGCCAUAGAAUUUGGGAUGUACAAUGUGAGGGUAAACGCAAUAUCACCUGGACUCUUCAAAUCAGAGAUAACAGAGGGCUUACUACAAAAAAGUUGGCUGAAUAAUGUGGCUCUAAAAAUGGUUCCUCUACAAACAUUUGGCACCUUGGAUCCUGCAGUGACCUCCCUGGUGCGAUUCUUGGUUCAUGAUUCUUCUCAAUAUCUUACAGGCAAUAUUUUUAUUGUUGAUGCAGGCACUUCCCUCCCCGGUAUCCCAAUUUUCUCUUCCCUUUGAGUUUUAUUUUUGUUUUAGAAGGUUGGUCUUGGGCUUGGGUGGGCUCCGGUGUUGAUUCAAGUGUGAAGGCAAUUUCUAUUUAGCAAAUUUUACACCUCUUUAA